GUGAAUUAUCGAUCAUCCUUACCCAGCAGCUUCAUCUGGAGAGCUAGGCCGUCAAAAGGGAAAGGUGCAGGUGACGGUGCAUGGCGGAGGUAUAAAGCCUCGUCCAGUGAAGGAAGCGGCAGUCCACCUCACGGCGUGACCACAUCUGCCAACAUGUUCUCUGCGGUAAGUGGCUGCCGCAGAGCUUCAUAACCUGCAGGCUCAUAUGAUCAGCUCUCCUACAGCGGCGCGCAGAGGCCAAAGGAGCAGCUGUAGUCUCCUGUGAGGGAGUAACCCGCCCUUCGUGUUCCCGUCACGGCAUCACGAAUGUCGAGUUAUCCUUGUCCUUAUCCCCUGCAGGUGCUGAAGGUGUGUCUGCUGGCAGUCGCUGCCCUGGCUCUGCCCGGUGGCUCUGGGGGUGGCUUUGGCGGUGGGUACGGAGGCGGAGGCGGCGGCGGCGGCGGAGGUGGUCAUGGUGGUGGCGGCGGCGGAGGCGGGUUUGGUGGUGGAUAUGGAGGUGGCGGUGGUGGUGGUGGCGGUGGUUACGGCGGCGGCUAUGGAGGCGCCAUUGCAGUACCCAUCCCUUACAACUUCGACUACGGCGUCUCAGCGGGUAACACCAACUUCGGCCACAGCGAGAGCGGUGACGGGAACGGCAACGCCCACGGCGGCUACUGGGUCAACCUGCCCGACGGCCGCGUGCAGAAAGUUGACUACUGGGCUGACGGCGGCGGCUAUCACCCGGUAGUGACCUACCAGGGCACCGCCGUCUACCCCGCCGGCAAGGGCGGAUACGGAUACCACUAAGGCGACCAUGGAUCCACUACUGUACUAGUGCCGUGGGAAUGACAGGGAGCCGCUGUAUCUUAAUUUACUUAUCCUUGUGUUAAUUAAGCAUUUGUUGAAUAAAUGGCUG